AUGUACCUCUCUAUCCCUCUGCCAUUGCCGAUCAACGUGAACCCUGGCCUCGUAACGAAACCAAAAACAUUUUCCACUCAGAAAGGAGCCGCUGUGUUUCUGGCCCGAUUUCUGACCGAGCUCCUCAACUAUCAAGAAUUAUUGGAUAGCGGCGGUCUGGAGGUUCAACGAGUGAAAUCCAAAGAUGGAAAAGCGAUGCAGCCUAUGUGUAUGGCCCAACAUUAUCAAAUGUUCCGGAUCUAUAGAAGACCAGGAAUAAAUGGCGACGAACAAGUGAUACUUGACAGAGCUACAUCUGGCGAUCAUAUCAUUGUCGCUCAUCAUAAUCAGUUCUACAGUGUACCCGUAAGGGCUCCCGAUCGCGGUAGGAUAACCGAGGCAGAGUUGGUCCAACAAAUUUUAAGCAUCAUGGAAACUAAAGCUGAUCCUAGAACUCCACCGGUUGGUAUCCUUACAACUGCCGAAAGGCCAAUCUGGGCGAAAGCGAGGGAAGAAUUGCUUAAGAAUGAACGAAAUCGGCACAACUUGGAGCUGUUAGAAAAAUGUCUUUGCGUGGUUUGCAUCGAUGACGACGUACUCCCAGCGACAUUCAACAACCCCUACAACAAGGAGGAUCGAUGGAUAGGCGAUCGGGAUUACGCCAACGUGCUCCACCAUGCCCUCCACGGUGGAGGUUCCAGACAUUUAGGGGCGAAUCGCUGGUUCGACAAAACUGUCCAUGCUAUCCUUGGCAAAGUACGCGUAACUUUAUUCCCAACUAUCUCCUCGUCAGUAGAGAUAACGAUCAUCACAUGA